AUGAGUCCCCUUUCACAACCAACAGCAACUAACAAAUCAAUCUUUUGUGUUACAGAGGGCCGCCUGCAACAAGCAACCCUCGACCUCCUCUCCGGCUGCGACAUCCAGUUCCGCCGCGAAAACCGCCUAGACAUCGCCCUCGUUAAAAACCUGCCCAUCGCCCUCAUCUUCCUCCCCGCCGCCGACAUUCCCACCUUCAUCGGCGAGGGUCGCGUUGAUCUCGGUAUUACUGGGCGCGAUCAGGUCGCCGAACACGAUGCGCAACUUGGCUUGCCCGCUGGCGAGGAAUCCAAUGUGCAGGAGGUCUUGGAUCUAGGAUUCGGCGGGUGCAAACUGCAGGUUCAGGUUCCGGAGAAAGGCAAUAUCCAGACCGCGAAGGACCUGAUUGGAAAGAAUGUUGUGACAAGCUUCACUGCGCUUUCUGAGCAGUUCUUUGCGCAGUUGGAGGGUGCUGCUCCUGCUGAGAGGAAGACCAAGAUCAAGUAUGUCGGUGGAAGUGUUGAGGCUGCUUGUGCGCUAGGCGUCGCGGAUGGAAUUGUCGAUCUUGUCGAAUCCGGUGAGACCAUGCGCGCCGCUGGGCUCAAGGCUAUCGACACCGUCGUCUCGAGCACAGCCAUCCUAGUUAAGAACCGCAACACCAAGAAUCCGCUCGUCGACCUUAUCACAUCUCGUGUCCGUGGUGUCAUUACCGCCCAAAAAUUCGUUCUUUGCCAGUACAACAUCCCCCGCGACAGCCUCGCAACCGCCAGCAGUAUCACUCCCGGAAAGCGCGCGCCCACGGUGACGGCCCUCGAAGAAGACGGCUGGGUCGCAGUGAGCUCAAUGGUCGAGAAGAAGAAGAUCGCAACAGUGAUGGACGAGCUGACCAAGGUCGGCGCAACGGAUAUCCUGGUGCUCAACAUCGCCAACUCGCGAACAGACUAG